AUUGGUCUAUCGUGUCAUUCCAGAGACACCUGAAAUCGAAUCUUUCCUGGAUGACUGUGUCAGUCGUGUCAUAAGCAUUGGAGUUGGUCCCGGGCCUGAUGUUGCAGCCUUAGUUGCCUACUUGAGACUUCGGAAGACUUUUGUCCCCGGAACCUCUAACCGCCUAGUAUACUAUGCAAUUGACAAGUGUUCCGGCUGGUCAGUAUAUCUAGACGCAUUUGAUCGGGCCUGGUCGGCUGUGCAUGGGGUCUCCGUAUGGUUCCGCACUGCUCGUUUUGGUGAAGCAACCGAUGUCGCCAAACUCCCUGAUGCUGACCUCAUCGUCUUCAGUUUUGCAAACACCACAUUGAUGAGCUCCACCGUUUGGCCUGCUCUGCAGGCGCGAUAUCGCAUGAUUUUUGUGUUGGACGGCAUGAAGGAGGUGUGUUAUUGGGGGAAAGAUCGUUUGAAUACUUGGUUGAAUUGUGUCAAUUUUGUCUCUAGGUUAGCUUGUUAA